AUGAUCCCCGCUGACGCAAGGCUUUGGUCCAUGGACUUCCUGGGCGGAUGCAGGCAUGCGUGGAUUGCUUUAGGUUGCACUGGACAUUUGGACGCGCUCUUGUCCUUCUCCCGGGAGCUUUCGUCGCUGUCGAUCGGCUCUACGGCUGUCGCCAGUGGAGCCGGGGACGCCCCAGCGAGCAAGGACAAGCAUGACUUUCAUCGAUUAUGCACAGACUUGUUUCGCGGCAGCAUCGAAGAUGCCAGCAGCAGCAUCGUAGUCCAUCAUGACAAACCCAGGCAGUCUACAAGCAACCUCGUUACCAGCUCAGGCUUGAAUGGUCAUCUUGCUGCAACCGGGGCAUCAUUACUGGGGAACACACUGCGCGCGGGCGUCCUGGGCUUGACAGCAUCGCCCGGCGCGCCGACAAAUCUUUUGGGUUUGUUGCCUAUCUCGGAGGCUCCCAUCGGCUGCCGUUUGUAUCAUGGUUGGUACUACGGCAGUAAGCUUCGGAGCUAUGACAUAAAGGCCGCUUCCACGGUGGACCAGCUGUGGGCUCUGCUGCGGCGACAUGGUGCCAAAAUGGAUCAUGUCAACCUGGUGGCCUUGCUGCGGCAGCUGCAUGUGGUCGCCAAGUCGUCGCCGUCAUCGGCAGCGGCGGCGGCACCCAGGCCGGCGAGGGCGGCGGGGGCGGCGGGGCCCUCCAGUAAAGCAGUGGCUGCGGCCGUCACGGCCUCCUCCUCCCGUGUGUCGGCGAAGGAGUUGGCGGCUUUGGUGCAGGAGGUGACCCGCCUAGUGAAGAAGCGAACCAAAUGGUUCGAUCCCCGUUAUGCCGCUGAGGUAGUUGACGUAACCGCCAACCUGGGCUACACGGAUAUUCGGAUGUUGUACGACAUGACGGAGAGGACGCUGGCCAGGCUUAAUGAGGCUUACAGCAAGGACCUGAUGGUCCUGCUUCGAGGUCUUAACCGUCACUCCAGACUGACUACUGCUACAGCCAACGCCGGCGGCCAAGGGCAACUACAGCUACAGCAGCAACAGCAACAGCAACAGCCGACACAACUACCGGCCGCAUUCGGUAAUGCUGCCGUCAACGCAACCGCUGUGAAACCCAAUGGGAAGAGUGGUCAGACGCUGGAUUGGCGGUUAAUUCGUUGGUGGUACGGCGGCCCAACGGUCGGGUUGUUGGAGGGAGUGGAGCGGUUUAUGUUGGCCAAGAUUCCCACGGGCAAGAUGGCGCCGGAGAACAUUGACGGACUGUUGCGCUACGUCCUGGAGCUCCCCCACAUGAACCGACCCAUCAAUCCGAAAGUACUGAAAGCCGUUGAGAAUGAUCUGCGAGAGCGAAUUCAGAUAUACGCGCCCAAGCCACUGGCAGGCGUGUUGGAGAGCUUGGUCGAGGCGCGCCACCCUCUGCCCCCUGACAUGCUGGACUCAGCCGUCAACCAGUUCAUGAAACACGGGGAGAAGCACGGCACCGGAAAUGCCGCAGCGAGGCUCCUUGAUGCCGUGGGGGGCAUGAUCAAGAUCGGUGGCAGCAAGGGCGCCUCCCCGGGUCGCUGGUUAUCUUCCCGCCCGGACCUGCUGACACUGUGCCUCAGGCUCAUGGCCAGGGAUCUCCCCGCGGCCCAACCCGAGCGUCUCGCCGAGCUCAUGUCGGUACUCGUGCGUGUUGAGGUGCCGCUGGCUUCCCUGGCGGCCAAGGCGACGACUCCAGGGGCGGGGGUAUCCGCCGUAACGCCAACAUCACCGGCACCUGCCGCCGCAGCAGAUGCUGCAGCUGCAGGUACGAACGCUGCUGCAGCCGGUUUCAUCCGAGCGCAUAAGACCGCCGUGGAGGCUGUGUCGCCGCGGCUAUCUAAAGACGUGGCGUCCAAAUUACGCCGAAGUUUUGCCCUUACCACCAUACGAGUGAGGACGCUUAUCCUUAAAAUACAACUUUAA